AUGGAGUAUGAUUUUGAUAACACUAAUAAAAUAGAAAACUCUAAUGAGUUUGUCUCAACAUCUCUUGUACAUAACAAUGAAACUACAAUUAGCAAGAGUGUAAAUAAAAUCCCCAAUAGAGUAUCUAGUGAAAUUGCUGAUAAAACCACUAUCAAUGAAACUUCCACAUCAUCAAAACAUAUAUCUGCUAUUUGGAAACAUUUUAUCUUAUUAACAGAUAAGCAAAAAGCUAAAUAUAAACAUUGUAAUAGUUUAUUUAGUCACAAAAAAGGGUGUGGUACAUCUUAUUUAUGGCACCAUCUUGGUGUUUGUUUAAAAUUUCAAAAUUUAUCAAAUGGUCAAAUACAAUUAAAAUUUAACUCUCCAAAAAAAGGACCAUAUACAAAUGAUUUGGCCCAAAAAGACAUAAGUAAUAUUAUUGUCUGGGAUGAAUUAAGUUUUCAAUUUGUAGAAGAUAUCAUGAAAGCUUAUGAUAAGAGAAAAACUUUAAUCAAAGAAAUUUUUCAAAAUGCUAAAGGCAAAAUUUCUCUAACUUGUGAUGCUUGGACGUCACUUCAACAACUUGGAUACUUAUCAUUACAAACUAUUACUCUAGAUAAUGCUACUUCGAAUGAUGUUGCAAUUCGCAAAUUAGCCAAUUGUAUCUCACAAGACUCAUUUAUAAAUAUCAAUGAAGAUCUCUUUUAUAACUGCUGUUUUGCCUAUAUUCUAAAUCUUAUAGUUAAGGAUAGGUUAAGAAAAAUUUUAGAUAUUAUUGGAAAGGUUCGUAAUUGCGUUAAAACAAUAUAUACAGCACCAAGGCGGCACCAAAUAUUUCUGGAUAUUUGUGAAUCAGAAUCUGUGAAAUAUAUAAUCCCUCCAUUGAACUAUACUUUAAAAGUAUCUGCAAGUUUAUAUCUGACCCUCAAUAGUACUCUUGCCUCAAUUUGGAAUAUUCGUACCCAUCUUUUGAAUAUGAAGUCUCAUUCAGAUAGUUUUGUUCAUAAUGUCAGCCAAGCUAUGAUUGGAAAUUUUAAUAAAUAUUGGGAGCAUAACAACAUCUUAUAUAUGACUGCAUCAAGGCAAACUCAGAUUACUGAAAAAGAUCUGCUUUGUGAAGUAAAGUGGUAUUUGGCAAUAGCUAGAGACUUUCUUGCUAUACCUGCAACAAGCAUUAUAUCUGAACAGAUGUUUAGUUGUGCAGGUUGUAUUAUUGAUAAUAGCUGUGCUUCGUUGAAUGCAAAUAUGAUAGCUGUAUUAAUGUGUCAAAGAAAUUGGUUAGAUACAGCUAAAAAGUUUGGUUGA